AUGACUUGGCAAGAGUUCAAUGAGCCCUUCAUGAGAUAUCAUUGUCCUCAGUCGGCUAUCGACAAGAUUCAGGAGGAUUUCUUACGCCUCCGGCAGAAAAAUGAGUCAGUAAACGAAAUAUCAAAUGCUUUCAUGGAUAAGAUGAAGUUCUGUGGGGAUUUUGUAACAACCGAAAGAAUGAAGAUCAAUCGUUUCUAUGGCGUGUUAAAGGCAGAAAUUAGAGAGUUCAUCACUCCCUCAAAAUGUGAAACCCUUGAUGAGCUUAUUAAUUUAGCACGGGAUAGAGAGAUUGAAAUUAAAAGGCAAGAAGAGCGAGGUGAAAAGAGACCAAGUGAAAGGGGUGCAAGUUCUAGUCCAUCUAAAAAGAGGAAGUUUCAGGAUCAAGGAAGGAAGGGUAAGUCGAAAGGUGGAAUUACUCCUUGCAAGACUUGUGGAAAACUCCAUACCGGAGAGUGUUUGUUAGGCAAAAAGGGGUGCUACAAAUGCGGUAAGGAGGGGCAUUCGUCUUAUCAAUGCCCGAACAACCCGAAGACUUGUUUCAGUUGUUUUGAAAGGGGGCAUAUCAAAUCAGAAUGCCCAAAACUUCAGCAAAAAUCGAAAAAGGAAGACAAGAAGCAAGAGGGUUCUAGGGCUAAGGGAAGGAUGUUUCAAAUCACGUCCGAAGAAGCCAAGUUCCAUCCGAAUGUGGUCUCAGGUAUCUUUCUAUUAAACUCCAUACCGGUUUAUGUUUUGUUUGAUACCGGAGCCACUCUGUCGUUUAUCUCUAGUGAGAUCGUACAACAUCCUUCCUUUAAGAUUGAACGAAUGUCGAUGCCCUUAGAAGUAGAAAUAGCAGAUAGCAAAAAUUAUUUGUUCCACGAAAUAUGUAAGAAUUGUAAAUUAACCAUUGAAGAUGAGGAGUUUGAUAUUGAUCUCAUACCUAUGAUUUUGGGGGAGUUUAAAGUAAUAGUGGGUAUGGAUUGGAUGUCUCAAAACCACGCGGAGAUAAAUUGUGAAACCAAAACUAUACUUCUCCAAUCUCCAAGUGGAAGGCGAUUAAACAUACAAGGCGAAAGCAAGGUGGAAGCGAAGUUAUGUACUCUCGUUCAAGCCAUUAAGUAUGUACUUAAUGGGAGUAGGGCAUACUUGGCUUACGUGGUAGAUACUCAACAAGGCUCCCUGAAGUUUGAAGACGUCGAAAUUGUGAACGAAUUUCCAGAUGUAUUUCUGGAAGAAUUGCCGGGACUCCCUCCCGAGCGAGAAGUAGAAUUUCGUAUCGAAUUGAAUCCGGGUGCGAAACCAGUUGCGAAGGCUCCCUAUAGGUUGGCUCCCACUGAGAUGCGGGAAUUAAUGACACAAUUACAAGAUCUUCUAGAUAAGGGCUUCAUACGCCCAAACGAUAUUCUAGUUUAUUCGCGAAGCAAAGACGAACAUGCAAUGCACUUGCGUGAAGUACUUGAAGUUCUCCGUAAGGAGAAACUCUACGCAAAAUUCUCAAAAUGCGCCUUUUGGCUUACUGAAGUGCAGUUUCUGGGGCAUCAAUAA